CUGUCAGGAAAACAAGCCGCCUGUCAGCUCUACUCGACCCUCGACGGCGGCCAUCAGCCGAGGCGUGCGGGGACUUCUCUCAGUGCUCUCGGCCAUACACCUUUCGAGUUCUCGCAAGAAACUUGCCUGCAUCGUAGAGGGACCAAAGAGCGGCCAAGCUUUCAAUCCCGUGCUCCGUAUCUCCCUUUCUUGUGUCGUCGGUGCUAAUAUUUUGCAGCCCAAGGCCCGCCAUGGUCGCCUCGUCGCAAGCCACGACCGACUCGGAUCCGGAUGCGAGUCCCACUUCUCCCGAUCCCCUCACUGCCACCAACACGACGUUGGCCCGGCCAAACAAGCAUACGGGGCUGAAAGCGCUCGUGUCGUGGCUGGACAACGGCCAGACCCGUAGCCUUGAUGGCAAUGGCAAGAGCCACCUUGAGUUUGACCUUCACUACAAUGCGUCGGACAAGACGGCCUAUUUCAAGCUACGAGCCGAGGUCAUGCUAAAGGACUCUGGUAAUUCCAAGCCCACCCCUUUGUAUGUCUUCAUCGCCCCGGAACGCAUCCACGAGCUAUCCCUGAGCAACAAUCAUGGAAUGGCCCUUGGCCCUGACACCGUCUGCCUACGGUUUGAGCUGCGACGUCCAGCUGCACUCAUCGGGCCCUGCCAGAGUCCGGUAUGGAAGAACAGGGCCUCUGGCGACGUGGGCGACUGUUUACGGUCUUUGGCCUGCGCAAAUAGAUUCGAAGUUUGCUGCCAGUUGCCGCGCCGGGAGAUGCCACAACUUCAACUGGCGUCCAUGUGCAAUGCCGCAUCCAGCUACCAGUUGACGUCUACGCCACGUCAGGGUCAUCUUGCCACUCUGUAUCGGGGCAAGGGCGGCAAGCUGAUCAACGGCAGCCAUGCUCACCCUGACGUGGUUGAUAGGAGCAAUAUUGCUCCCAAUGACAGCCCGCCUGCAUAUGAUGAGACCGAACCCGGCCCGCCCAUGCCCUCUGCACUACCGGGUAAACACCAUAAUACAUCGAAGAAGCGUCGCCGAGGAAGCUCGGAUACGGGACUCCAGAAGAUGCUUUAUGAUCCAAAGGACGUCUUGGAGGCCGUCAUGGCCCAGUUCAAUGCUAGAGUGGAAGAAAUGGAAGCCACAAUAGCCGAAUUGAAGGCCAGUCGAGCCGAGAUCGCGGCCGAGCUGGGGAGGGUCAAGGUCGAGCUCCAGGUGACCAAAAAAGAGCUCAGCGACGUUAAGGUCGCGCUUCCCGAAUUGGCGAACGAGCUGAGAGAGCAAUACGGCGGUUUGGAAAAGCAGGUGGAUGAGUUGAGCGACACUGUAGAUCAGAGAGUAGAUGAUAGGGUAGAUGAGAAAUGCGACGACAUGAAAGCGGACAUCUAUGAAUACAUUGAUGAGGAGAUACGGGGGGACCAAGUCAGGGAAACGAUACAAAAUAUUAUAGCAAAUGGUCGUGUAUCUUUCGACUGCCAGAUUUAGUAUAUACCCGGUUUCAGUACACUUGCCCUCCUUACAUUUCGUUAC